GUUAACAAGACCGCCAUAUUCACCAGAGAAUGCUAGGAAAGUUCCAAGAUUCUCUACGUUCUUAAGGUUUGAUAUUUUGUCUUAGAGGUGUGAGCAAGACAAAGAGCCCACAUAGAUGACCCUGGGGACCAUGAACCAUGACAGUGACAAAGAUGACCUCAUACAGGUGAGAUGCCAUCUAGAGCCGCUGGUACACCAAGUGAGCGGCCACUCGUCCAUGUUUGUUUUGGAUGAUGUGACGGUCUGCAAACCACUCAUCGGUCGAGAGUAUCGCUUUUACCGGACUCUGCCGCAAGAAAUGAAGAAGUACACCCCAGAAUUUCAUGGCACACUCCAGGUGGUCCUUCAGGAAGUUGGGGACGGACUCUCACUCGCUGCAUUACCAAAUGAACAGAUGCCAUCCCUCAAGAGCAACCAGAGGGCACUCAAGCAUGGGUAUCUACGUCGAGUAAGUUCAAGUAGUGUGGAAUUGGAAAGUGAAGGGGAGGAGGAAGAACCCCUUUCCAGUCCACAAAGCCCCUCAAGCCCUUCUAGCACAGCCAACACCACAUCAGCAAGAAAUGAGUCGCUUUCAUCCCUCACACACCCAGAGACACAUAACCCUUGGCUUCAGCAGUGCCAUCAGACAACCCUCCACAAGCUAAAACAAAAAUCUGAUCCAUCUAAUGUUGUUGAAUGCAUAAUGCUAGAGAACCUGACCUUCAAAUUCCGGUAUCCAUGUGUACUAGACCUGAAGAUGGGAACCAGACAAUACGGGGAUGAUGCCCCCGAGAGCAAGCGCAAGAGUCAGACUGCUAAGGCUGCUAACACAACAACGAUCACAUUAGGAGUCAGAUUAGCGGGCAUGCAGGUCUACAGCAAGGAAAAGAAGCGCUAUCAUUGCAAGAAUAAAUAUUAUGGACAGAAACUUUCUGAGGAAGGGUUUAAAGAGACUUUAUGGCAGUUUCUUCACAAUGGUCACAGACUUCGACUAGAUAUAGCUGAAUUAAUAAUUAGCAAGUUAGAAGAAUUAAGAGCCAUUAUAUCUAAACUAGAUUCAGUUCGAUUCUUUACCUCAUCUUUAUUAAUUAUUUAUGAUGGCUAUGAUCCAUACAAUGUGAAACUACAUCAGCGGGAACGAGAAUGUGAGAGAGAAAGAGAGGGCAAAGAUGCUGAAAGUAACAGAGUCAAGAUGUGGCCAGAGUCUCGAGCAGACGAUGGAAACUCACCUCGGGAUAAUUGGCCUCCAAAGGAACCCUGUACACCGAGUCUAGGGGCUAAGCAUCCUGCCUAUAUGCGUGAGGCUCCAACUACAGGUGGAGGAAAGGCCCCCAGAGAGCAGAUAAGUCGAAAUGAAGGUGAGCCUCCAUAUAAAGCAAAAGGCAGAUACAGAAAUAGGAACUAUAAACCUCCGAUCGACAUACGUCUCAUAGAUUUUGCUCACUCCACUCACAAAGGCAUGGGUGAUUCAAAAGUAUACAGUGGACCUGAUGAAGGUAUAAUGCUUGGUCUUGAUAGUCUUACAAAAAUAUUUACUGAUAUCAGAGAAUCCUUUGACCAUUGACAUUUUCACAAGACCUAUUUAUUCUAGGUCUUUAAAUGUGUUUUUUGUCUAUGUUAGACAACACAUCACAUAUUCAGAUUCAUCACAUCAUGAAUAUUUCAGUCUGUUGUGUAUGUGCAAAUGUAGUCGUACAUUUAUUAUUAUUCCAUGUCAGAAAGAUGGUUGUACAUAGGGUAUCACAAAUUCUAUAUUCUGUGAAAAGAGUAUAGGUGUAGCAACCUAUGGCUUAGGCAUCUUUGACCCAUUGUCACUUUUGUGGUAAAAAUCUCAUGUUGUGUAAAUUCAUUAUUAUACAUCAACUCAUUGCAGUGCCAAAGCACCAACAAUCCUAAAUUGUGUAUUAUGGGGGAGGGGGUAAAGGUAAUGAAUAGUGAGAUUGAUAAAGUUUUAAAUAAUUCUGAAUGAUUUAGGUAGUACACUUUAGGCCCCGAACCACUGUACAUGUAUAAUCAUAAGAGUAAUCAUGGGAAUGAUUGAAGGUAAAGCUAUUGCUGGAUUGGUCUAGAGAUGCAGUAAACAGCCUUGAGAGACUGGUUGUGUGUACCUCUUGAGUUAUUUUCUCUCUUCUCUACUGAAGGGGCACUUUCAGCUUUUGCCAUGUUUACCUCAUUUUGUAUGAUUUUUACGCAAAGGAGAGAUAUAUUUUAAGAAUUUUUAAUCCAUACUCAGUGAAUUUCAUGCUUAUCCUGUAGGAGCAUUAUUAUAUUCAGCAGGCAAGUUACCGUGUUACAGAACAUGAUGGUAUAUAUUAUUGUCACUGACAGAUUGAAAAUUUUGCUUUUUUUUUUAUUUCAUAGUUUUGCCUCUGUCUUUGAUGGUGAACAAACAAAUUACAUUUAAAAUUUACACCCAAUGAGUAGUGUGGUAGUGUCUUGGCUGAAGAAUUCGAUUUUUUGCGGACCAGAAAUGUUAAGUGACCAGAUCCGCUAAUAACAGAUUAUGCUGGAGCUGAGAUGAACCCUGGUGAUCAAUACCUGUAGUAAGGUUGCAUUUUGAUGUCACAGAGGAGUUGAUGGUUUGUUUAUGGUUGUUGCUGGCAAUAUGAUAUCACCAAAUACUGAUCAAAAUAUAUCAGUGAUGUUCUUUUGGGUGCAUAGACACACAAGGGAAAGUUUGGGGAUUAAUAUUUUAGUUUUUACCGUAAAUAAUAAUAGGCUACGAGAAAUAAACUGAAAAGGCUGAACGUCAUCUACACUGAAGUGGUAGUAUAAGCUAAUUCAUUAAAUGCAGUAAAGUUUAGUGGAAUUUUAUAGUUAAUUGUCCCAUAAACGGAGAACAAAUUAAUUAUUCUUUCUGCCAUAUCAAUGUACAGUAUUGUAAAAGAUUUAUCACAAAGCCAGACAGAGUUUUUGGAUGUUCUUGCAAUAGAGUAAAUUCUGUACCACUGAGUUUUGAAGAGCACAAUUAUUCCAGUGUUGGUUAGUUAUGGGAAAAGUGUCACUAAUAAAUUUUUACAGUACUCACCACAAGCUUAACUCGCUCAUUUUUUAUUAAACAAAGCAGUACAGUAUUUCUAUCAGCUCUCUUCCACUUAAUGCAGGCCAAGCCAAGGCAAGCCACCAUAUUUUUUGUGUUCUCAUUUUAGUGGUUUUAUGGUUUUACUACUUUUCAUUUUAAUAAUAAUCUUUGUGAGUAAGAAGAAUGACAAUCCUCUUUCAUCAGUGCUUAAUGACAUUGCUCACCAAAAAUUGGAAAUGGGCUGUGAUUAGAUUUUGAAAUGCAAAAACA